GCCGUGUCACGUGUCAGCCAAAAUGGCUGCGCCCGGGCGACUCGAGCAAAGGUUGGAGCGAGCCCUCGCGUGACUGAAGACCGGAGAAGGCAGCGACUGCUGGGGGAGAGUGUAAGAGUCCCCGCUUUCCUCAUUGUCUAUCUCCGGAACUGUCCUGAGUGAUCUGAGGUUCAAGAUGGAAAAUCAUGAACCAGUUGAUACUGUCAAGGAGAACUUAAUUGAAAUCAUAACCAGGAAAAUUAACCAGCUUCCAGAAGCAGAAAGGAAUCUGCUUGAAAAUGGAUCAACAUAUAUUGGACUUAAUGCUGCUCUUUGUGGCCUAAUAGCAAACAGUUUCUUUCGACGCAUCUUACACGUGACACAGGCUCGUAUAGCUGCCGGCUUACCUAUGGCAGUGAUCCCAUUUUUGACGGCACAUGUAUCUUACAAAGGUUUUGUAAGUUUACCUUUGAAUACAGGUGAUUUGCAUUGUGAAACUUGUACCAUAACUCGAGGUGGACUGGUUGGUCUUGUUUUUGGUGGCCUGUACCCUGUUUUCUUGGCUAUCCCUGUGAAUGGUGGCCUAGCAGCCAGGUAUAAUUCAGCCCUGCUACCCGAGAAAGGAAACAUCUUAAAUUACUGGCUUAGGAUUUCUAAGCCUGUCUUUAGAAAGAUGUUAUUUCCCAUUUUGCUCCAGACUGGGUUUGCAGCAUACCUGGCGUCUAGACAAUAUAAACUACUUAUAAAGGCUCUUCAGUUACCUGAACCUGGCCUAGAAAUUCAGUGAUUGUUAAGCAAAUCUGUACACAAAAAUAAAAUUGUAAAAA